ACUUAAGCAAUGUCUUACAUUUAUUAUUAAAUAGAAAAUAUGGAAUCAACUGUAAUAGAGAGCGACGGGCGUUGUGCCUGUGAGGCAGGUCCCUCAUUGGCUGUGCUUAACGAUGUGCACAAGGCCUAUGAGGAGAAAAUGGAACUCAUAAAUCGGACUGCCGGCUCACAGAAACUGCAAAAGCAAGUACAAUUGUUGCAGUCGUGGGUGGGUGACCUUGUCGCUCAAAACACCCUUUUGGCACGAACCGUAGAGGAACUGGAAAUUGAAUUAACAUCCCGUGUACUGAGUGAACGCAGGAAGUUCUCCGAGAUGGUGUCUGAAUUGCGUGUUGAAGUAACAUCUCUCCGGCGACGACUGGCGCGCAAGGACUCAGAUCUUCGCGGUCUACUGGAGGUGCUGCGAAGACUGAGAGAAUUUGAUUAUCGGGCCCUUGACAGCAUUCACUUUAACGAAGUCACACAAUCUGACAUUUUUGGACCUGUUACUUGGACUCCAACGCCAGAUCAAGGCGAUUCCAAAGGAAGAAAAAUAGUAUCAAAGAAAAAGACAAAAGCAAGAAUGUAA